CUAUGGCUCCUAAACAAUUAUCCGGUAGUCAAAAAAGAAAAAAGAGAAAACGAGAUGAAGAAAAUGAGAAAAUCUCAAGCCGGAGCUCUAUAUAAGUUUAUGAAACCUGUUGUUGAAGACGAAGAAGUAGAAGAAGUAAAAGAGAUGGAAGAGCAAGAGCAUCUACAAAUAGAGCAAGAACAUGUCGAAGACGAUGAACAUUUAGAAGAAGAGAAAGAAAAUUUAGAAGAGGCAGAAGAACAUCUUGAGCCUAUGGUUAGUGUAGUGCAUACUGUUGUUGAUAUAUUUGAUCCAAGAAGAUGGGAAGGACUUAAUUCUGAAGAGAUUAAACUUUUAGUGGAGAAAGGUCCAAAAAGAGAUCAUAGUAUUCACUAUGGCCCAUACGACAAAGAUGAACAAAAUGGUAGACGCUUUUAUGCAGCAUUAUAUACAAAAACUUUACCAAAUAUGGAGAAGUGUGAUAGAGAAUGGCUUGUAUAUUCGAAAGAAGUAGACAAGAUAUUUUGUUUCUGCUCUAAACUGUUUAGAACAGGAAUUCCGAAAGGAAAAUUGGAUGGUGAAGGUUAUGCAGAUUGGCACCAUGCUCAUAGAAGAGUCAAAGAACACGAACUUUCAAUGGAUCAUCUCUCCAAUGUGAAUAGAUGGCUUGAUAUGCGUAAAAGAUUGAAGAUAAAUGAAACAGUUGAUAAAGUUCAGCACGAGCAAUUCAAGAAAGAAAGAGAUUACUGGAAACAAGUCAUUUUCAGAAUCAUAGCAAUAGUGAAGUUUUUGGCUAAACAUAAUUUAGCAUUCCGUGGCUCAAAAGAAAGAUUGUAUCAAAAAGGUAAUGGAAAUUUCUUGGGUCUCAUUGAGAUGUUACAAGAGUUUGAUCCAGUUAUUCGAGAGCAUAUGCGCCGAAUCACAAAUGAUGAGCUUCAUGUGCAUUAUCUCGGGCACAAGAUCCAGAAUGAACUCAUACUUGAUUUAGCCCAAGAGACUAAGAAGGAGAUCAUCAAGAAGAUAAAUGAAGCCAAGUACUACUCAAUCAUACUUGAUUGCUUCUUGAAUGUUAAUGAUACCACAGAAAAAGGAUUAUUUGAUGUCACAAUUGAGGAGUUAAAGUCUCUUGAUCUUGAAAUUGAUGAUAUUCGUGGUCAAGGUUGGAGUCUUAAGCCAUUAUCUCAAACUCGUUGGGAAAGCCGUGUUGAGAGUAUUAAGGCAAUUAGAAUGCAAAUUGCCUAUGUACGAGAAGCUUUGCUUGAAGUUGAAGAAAAAGAUAGUGAUAAUACAAUUGUUCACACAGCAAAGUCACUAGCAGAAAACCUUAGUGAAUUUGAGUUUUUGGGUUAUAGAGAAACUGGUUAUUCAAAAGCAAUUGAUGAAGCAAAGGAAAUAGCUGCUGAAAUGGACAUACCUCCGAUAUUUCCAGAAAAGCGUUUGAUUCGAAGGAAAAAAAGAGUUGAUGAGAGUUCAAGUAGUGAAGAAGUUUCAUUUACAAAUGAAGAGAAUUUCAGGGUCAAUUUCUUCUCUUAUGUUGUGGAUAAAGCCAUAUCUUCUCUUGAGAUGAGAUUUGAACAAUUCAAAGACUAUGAGAGAUUAUUUGGGUUUUUGUUUCCACAUAAGUUGAAUGGAAUUGAAGAAAAAGAGCUUAAGUUGUUUUGCCAUCAACUUGAAAAUGCACUCAAGUUUGAAGAAAGAUCGGAUAUUGAUGCCGAAGAGCUUUACAUGGAGUUGAAAUCAUUCAACACAUUGCAAACAAGUGAAUUUAGCAAUCCCAUAGAUGUUUUGAAGCAUUUAAAAGAACUUGGUUGUUACCAGAAUGCUUGCAUUGCAUAUAGAAUUUUGUUGACUGUUCCAGUAACGGUGGCAUCUGCAGAGAGAAGUUUUUCCAAAUUGAAGCUCUUGAAAUCUUACUUACGGUCUACAAUGUCCCAAGAUAGACUUAGUGGAUUGGCGGUAAUNGAAGAAAAAGAGCUUAAGUUGUUUUGCCAUCAACUUGAAAAUGCACUCAAGUUUGAAGAAAGAUCGGAUAUUGAUGCCGAAGAGCUUUACAUGGAGUUGAAAUCAUUCAACACAUUGCAAACAAGUGAAUUUAGCAAUCCCAUAGAUGUUUUGAAGCAUUUAAAAGAACUUGGUUGUUACCAGAAUGCUUGCAUUGCAUAUAGAAUUUUGUUGACUGUUCCAGUAACGGUGGCAUCUGCAGAGAGAAGUUUUUCCAAAUUGAAGCUCUUGAAAUCUUACUUACGGUCUACAAUGUCCCAAGAUAGACUUAGUGGAUUGGCGGUAAUAGCUAUCAAGAAUGAAAUCUUAGAGAGCAUAGACUGUGAAGAUGUGAUCAACCAAUUUGCUCUCAAGAAUGCAAGGAUAAUUUCUCGAAUCCUCGGCUAGCUUUUACGGUAUGUAAUUAUAACACUUUAAUUUUGUCAUUUAUUUUUUUCUUUUAAUAAUAUUGCGUUAUUUAUUAUUUAGAUAUAAUUAGUUUACAUAUGUGAAUUUUUUAGAUCAUUAAAUAAAAGAAUUUUAGGGCC